GCCUCGGGAAUCAAACUUCACUUGUGUUGUGGUUGUGCAUUUUCUCUCAGCUCAGCUCAGCUCACUGUUCCGUGCAGAUCCUUUCCUUUUCCGCAUUGAUUUAAUGAUCACAUAAAGUGAAAUGAAUUGGCAAAGGCAUUUAUUUAUGUAUCUUUUUUUUCCUUACCUCUUGUUUUCGAUUCACAACCAAGAAUACUAAAUUACCGCCACAGAUCUAGAUAUACCGUACAUCCGUACAUACACAAUCCGGCCGCGCCGCCUCAGCUCCGAGCUAGCUAGCUAGCUCCGGGGGCGCGGCGCGCGGCAGAUCCGAUUGAGCUAGAUCCGGGGGCCAGAGCAAUCGUUUUGGACAGAUGCACGGACGUUUUUGCUUUUCAGUUACAAAUACAAAUUUACAAUUAUUGAGUCAACAAUCUUUUCAACAUUCACCUGAAUUACGUAGCAACGGCGCCGUCAGGAGAUAUCGCGUAGUUUGGCAUUGAAUAUUUUUUAGUAAAAAAACAGACAUAAGUAUGAGCACCGGAGAUGGUCAAAUUUCCAGCCAGCUUAGACGGCAGUCAUCUGAUAAUUCUGGGUCCCCUCCCAGCCUUUCAGAGAAGGUUACUCACCUGACCUCUAUAGCUACAGGUCAACUUAUGAAGAUACCAGAAGAGGAUAGGCUUGGCCUAUGUAGAAGCGUUUCUGAAUUUGAGAAGCUGAAUCGAAUUGGAGAAGGAACUUAUGGCAUUGUGUAUCGUGCCCGUGACAUGAAGAGCAAGCAGAUUGUGGCACUGAAGAAAGUUCGCAUGGAGAAAGAGAAAGAUGGUUUACCAAUCAGUGGCCUUCGAGAGAUCCAUCUUCUGAUCAACCUCAGACAUGAGAAUGUGGUAGAACUCCGAGAGGUAGUUGUUGGUCAGCAUCUUGACAGUAUAUUUCUAGUGAUGCAGUACUGUGAGCAGGACCUUGCCAGCUUGCUUGACAACAUGCCUUCCCCGUUCACAGAGACCCAGGUCAAAUGCCUUGCCCUCCAGAUGCUGCGAGGACUGCGCUAUCUCCAUGACAACUUUGUCAUCCACCGAGAUCUAAAGGUCUCUAAUCUCCUGGUGACGGACAAGGGCUGCCUCAAGAUAGCUGACUUUGGUCUUGCCAGGCGCUAUGGUCUCCCUGUUCGACCUAUGACCCCUAGGGUCGUGACCCUGUGGUACAGAGCUCCAGAGCUUUUGUUUGGUUCCACAGAUCAGACCACAGCCAUAGAUAUGUGGGCAGCAGGAUGUAUCCUUGGUGAGCUCCUUGUCAACAAACCCCUCAUGCCAGGAGCUUCAGAACUUCACCAAAUUAACCACAUCAUAGACCUUGUCGGGACUCCUAAUGAUACCAUCUGGCCCGGAUUCUCAGAGCUUACUAUGGUCCAGAAUUUUACUCUGAAGAAGCAGCCGUACAACAAUCUGAAAGCCAAAUUCCAAUGGUUAUCCCAAUCCGGCCUGCGUCUUCUUAACUCUCUUCUUAUGUACGAUCCAAAGAAAAGAGCUUCAGCAGAGGAGAGCUUACAGAAUUCCUAUUUCAAAGAACAGCCUUUACCUUGUGACAAAGCCUUGAUGCCAACAUUCCCUCAUCAUCGUAACAAGAGAAAAUCCAACACAAGGCCCGAGCAUAAACCUUCACAAUAUGGAAAGAAUGAACUGGGAGUUGCAUUUGGAUCUGGAGACACCAAGAAGAGUAAAAGAUGAUGCGAGUCUUCCAUUGACUAGAAUGCACAAGAUGUAAGCCCUAUGAUGGAGAGGCUUGCUCUUGAUCUAAGAUGGCAUUUGAGUGCCCCUUCUGAGGAUGGACAGGUGAAUGCCAGGAUUUGUCCAGGUCCUCUCCAGGCCUUCCUGGGCCAAGUGCGAAGAUGGCUUCUGUAGACUUAAGGUCUAUCCUCAAUAUCUCUGUUCUUCAAUCCCAGCGGUGGUUAAGUUUGUAAAUCAAAGUGAAUAAAAGAUGUCAUGGACAUGGGUUAGGUUAGGUGAACAGUAGAGAUGUGCUCGAGCCCGGGUUGACAUUUUGGAUGCAUCACUGUACCUCUUAUGUGUACAAAAUGGACUCUGUGAAAAUGCGUACUUUCAAAAAGAAGGUUAUGACAAGGGCUCUGCUUCAAUUACUGUAUUGCGAAUUACAAUAAAUAGCGAGACAGUAGGGGAAGGCGGGGUAAGUUGAGCAUAGGGGCAAGUUGAGCCACCAGCCCCAGGCCAAUAAUGAAUGAGCAAGACAUUGUGGUGGUGUCAUGUAUUGAUGACCCAUUACAUAACCCUUAACCCAACCACAUUGUUUUCAACUUUGAAACAAAAAGUAUUUUUUUAGAGGGAAAAAUACACAUUUUAGCCAAAAAAGUAAAAAAGGGUGUGAAAUAGAUAAGUGCUUUUUACCUGCACACGUCUUUUAAUAUAAUAAAUAAAUAAGAACAAUAUUGUUAGUCCAGGUAUGGAUUCUCAUUCUUGUCAUAGUCUUUACAUGAUGGAUGCAUAAGAAAUGUUUGGAUGUGAAAAUAUCGCAUUAAGUUCGGACUGGGGUAAUUUGAGCCAGCCAACAUGGGGCAAGUUGAGCCAUAGUAAUUAUUAUGGUAAUGUAUAAUAAAAAAAUAAAAGAA